GCUGUUUCUCAGACUUGCAGCAAACUUUUCAGGAGUGAAAGCAGUGAAGUGGGGACAAGGAGCAGAGAGAGGGCUGCAAGCCCUGCCACCCAUAGGACUUUCCUUCCAAUCAGUGCCCCUGCAGACCUACAGCAGGAUGAGUCCUGAGGCUGGGACACACUGGGGAAAGCUUUGCUGAGAUUAUAUGGUGGAAACAAUUGUGUGGAUCUAAUGAAAGAACAGAGAGGAUUUGGAUCCUUGGUUGAACUUUUGGAUUGAGGCUGCAAGGACCCAGCUCCUGUACUAGGCAUUUCUUAUUCUGUCGGCUGUGGAUCAGUUCCAGGAGGUGAAGGUGCUGUGACUGGAUCAGGUUGGGAAGAUGGGAAGUAAAGCUCUCCCAGCUCCAAUUCCCCUGCACCCUUCCCUGCAACUCACCAACUACUCCUUCCUGCAGGCGGUGAACACCUUCCCUGCAGCUGUGGACCAUCUGCAAGGACUCUAUGGGCUCAGUGCUGUGCAGACCAUGCACAUGAACCAUUGGACUUUGGGAUAUCCCAACAUGCAUGGCAUCACCAGGUCCACCAUCACUGAAAUGGCUGCAGCCCAGGGCCUCAUGGAUGCACGCUUCUCCUUCCCAGCUUUGCCCUUUGCCACCCAUCUCUUCCACCCCAAGCAAGGAACCAUAGCCCAUGUCAUCCCAGCCCUGCACAAAGACAGACCCAGGUUUGACUUUGCCAACUUGGCCAUUGCUGCCACCCAGGAGGACCCACCCAAGAUAGGUGACCUCUCCAAACUGAGUCCAGGUUUUGGGAGUCCCAUCUCAGAGAUCAGCAAGUUGUCCCCAGACAGAAAACCUUCCAGAGGGAGGUUACCUUCUAAGACUAAAAAAGAAUUUAUCUGCAAGUUUUGUGGGAGGCAUUUUACCAAGUCCUACAACUUACUCAUUCAUGAAAGGACCCACACAGAUGAAAGGCCUUACACAUGUGACAUAUGCCACAAAGCCUUCAGAAGACAAGACCAUCUCAGGGACCACAGGUACAUCCAUUCCAAAGAGAAGCCUUUCAAAUGUCAGGAGUGUGGGAAAGGAUUUUGUCAGUCCAGGACCCUGGCUGUACAUAAGACCUUACACAUGCAGGAAUCACCCCACAAAUGCCCCACAUGUGGAAGGACAUUUAAUCAGAGAAGUAAUCUGAAAACUCACCUUCUUACCCAUACAGACAUCAAGCCCUUCAAUUGUGAGCAGUGCGGCAAAGUAUUCAGGAGAAAUUGCGACCUCCGGAGGCACAGUCUGACUCACAGCCCCAGGCAAGACUUCUAGAACCGGGCCCAGGUCCAUCAAAGGGUUAAUAUCCAUGGACUUACUUUAAAGGACUUCACAGACAAAGCACGAGAACUGAAGCCUACCCUUGCAUCAUCUUGUAAAAAAAAAAUAUAUAUAUAUAUUUUUUUUUCUUAAAAAAAAAAAAAGACAACAAAACAACCAAAAAAGCUCAUUUUAGAGCUUGUGUAAAUAAUGUUAUUAUUUUUCUAUUAUUAUGUCCAGUGUUGGUGCACAAUGGUACAGAAUUUUUGAAAAGAAAGGUACAUUGGAAAAGUGUAUUUUAAGUAAUAAAAUCAUGCGGUUUUUGUUUCUUUUUCAAAUAUAUAUUUAUUCACAUUA